GUUAUUGUUAAUUGUUAUUGUUUUUAGAAAUUUGUUAAAAUAAUAAUAUUAUAAUUGCUUCUUUCACAAACCCAAGAAAUUUACAUAACAUUGCAACUUCAGUCACGUCAAAACCAUGUGCUUGUAUAAUUUAAAGUGUAAACAACACUAAAAGGUUAUAUUGCUAGGUAGUUGAGUGUAGGAUAUUAAUAAAUUCGAUUAAUUUGAAAAUGUUUGAAUAACAGAAGCAAUUAAAGGCUGAUCAUGUUUAAUUCCUUUACACUAAAUGCUUUUAAAUUAUGUUCUUGCUCAAGCCAUGCUUUAAAAGGCCUUUCAAAGGUGUUCUUCAGAAGUAUACAGCAUCCCUGAAGCAUUUCCACAAUGUUCGUUUUGAAGAUAUUCCUGAUGUUUCUGCAUCAGCAAUUAGGAGCCACCUAAAGAAAAGCCAUGUUUCCUUUGAGGAAGGCCACACAGAUUUUAUAACUGGAUGUCUGAUCUGCAAUAGGAAUGGAAAAUCAGUGUCUGAUAAGACAAAGAUCUUCAUUAACAAAUGUACAGGAUCUUUCACAUGUGAAACUUGCCAACAUACAGGAUCAUGGAUGGACAUGAGUCAAUAUAUUAGUGCUAAAAAAGGGAAUGUUAAAAUUGGCAAAGACCCAAUGGUUGAAGAAGAGCUGGAGCAUUUAAGUCAGUACUUGAAAAGUAAAAAGAGAAAUACCACUAGCUUCAUGGAUUUGAAUGAUGAAGAUUUUAAUCUAAUAUUAGAGAAAUUUGAGUUACCUGAAUGUGCAUCAAAGGAAUUAAUGCAUUCCUUAGGAGUUACAGUAGAUCUAUCAAAGAUGCACAUAUACUUUCCUUUAAAAAACAGCGCUUUGGAGGUUGUUUCCUAUAAAGUAUUAAAAGAAAGAGACGAUUAUGAUAUUAAACCAAAAUUACUAUACACAAAGCAAUCAGGAGUAUUGAUUAGUAAUAAUGCAAAGAGCAAAUCAGCUGUGAUCGUAGCAAACAUUUCCGACUUUUUAAUACUUGCUCAGAGCGGCGUGUCUUCCACUGUGAUUUGUCUUCCAAAUGAACUCGCAAGUUUAUCGCAACAUAUUCUACCUUGCUUCGAGCGGUUCAAUAAAUUAAUUCUUUGGUUCCAAAGCGAUUUGGCAACUUGGGAGAAUGCGAGAAAUUUCGCAAGAAAAUUCGUAGAGAAACGAUGUCUGUUUAUUAAACACGCGGAUAGAAAUAAGUUACCACAUUUGGAUCCGCAACAGAAUUUUAAUUCAACAAUUUCUGGAGCGCAGCCCAUGUGGCAUAAGUCGAUUACAACGUUUGCAAGUUUACGGCAGGAAGUUCUCACCGAUUUGAUGAAUGUGGAUAGAGUGCAAGGUAUAAAGUGGAAUAGGUUUCCGACGUUGAAUAAGAUUCUGAAAGGGCACAGACGAGGUGAGUUGAGUAUAUUCACCGGGCCAACCGGUUCGGGAAAGACGACAUUCAUCAGCGAAUAUUCCUUGGAUUUGGCGAUGCAGGGUAUAAACACCCUUUGGGGCAGCUUCGAAAUACGGAACGCUCGUUUAGCGCGAACAAUGUUGCAGCAAAUGUCUGGUAUUGCUUUAGACGAGAACCUAGAUAAGUACGAUUUCUGGGCCGAUAAGUUCGAGCAAUUACCCAUUUACUAUAUGACAUUUCACGGUCAACAAUCGAUCAAAGUGGUUAUGGAGGCGAUCGAACAUGCAGUCUACGUGCAUGACAUUUCGCACGUGAUUAUUGAUAAUUUGCAAUUCAUGAUGGGCACUUCCGAGGAUUCGCGGCACAUGGAUCGAUUCUGGAAGCAGGAUCUGAUUGUCGCUAAUUUUCGGUCUUUCGCAACCCGCAGGAAUUGCCACGUCACUUUGGUGAUUCAUCCGCGGAAAGAGCGAGAGGAUGAGGAUCUGACGACGAGCUCCAUCUUCGGUGGAGCAAAAGCAUCGCAAGAAGCUGAUAAUAUUCUUAUCAUUCAGGAUAAGAGAUUAGCUUCGAUUAAAGGCAAAAAAUAUUUACAGAUUUGCAAGAAUCGUUAUAGCGGUGAUUUGGGUAUCGUGCCAUUGGAAUUCGAUAAAACUAGUUUAAGUUUUGCGCCAAAGAAGAAAAAGUCUGAUGAUAAAAGAUUAAAGCAGCAGGAAGGUAGCGAGUAGCGGAUGUUAUUACUAUUA